CUAGAAAAACCUUUGUGAUGUGUAAGAACAUGUUGUAAGCCAUACGAAUCCGCAGAACUACUUAGCCAGUUAGAAGGAGGUAAAUUAAGAUCUGUAUUACAUUGUAAUUUCAUAAACUGUGCUGGUUUUGGAAAAGAAUAUUUUACUACGGCUGUCGAUUUAAUUUCUUCAUUUUCCGAUAGAUCUUUCGAAUUUUCUUCCAUUUUAGAUUAAAAAUAAUUUUUGUAACUGAAAACUGAAAAUGACGGAAUUGUUUUUUAAAAUAAAGGAUUUUUUUAAAAAAAAGUCAGCCAUUCGACCGAUUCGACCAUUGACAACUUCAAAACUUUGUCCUUAACCUCAAAUUUUGACAGAUAAAUGUACACAGAAAGCUUCUAGAAAUAUCAUGAAAAUACUUCGAAAUGAUAUCGAUUUGUUUAAUAAGUUUGAAACCACUUAAUAAUAAGUAAUUAUCAUUAGUAAACUGAAUUAAAAUUCCGAAAGGUUUUUUUUUGAUCGUAAAAUUGGCCUAUAACCUCAAUUUUCUACCAUGAUUAGAUUUAAAAUGCCAACGUUUAUUCAAUAUUUUUUAAUAAAUAGUCUGCAAAUUUGUUCCUAUAUUAUUUUAAUUAACUGCGGUGCCAACAACUUGCAUCACAUAGAUGGGACUUCUACAGCAGAAGUUAUAAAUGGCGACGUAUUUUUUGAAAUCGUCGAUCCAGUAGAAUUGGAGUAUACGUACAGAAUUCGUCCAGCUAAAGACUUUGGGUCCCCUUUCAAUGCAUCAUUUCACGUAAAGAAUGUUCCAUUGGUCCCGAUAUUGCCUAAAAAUGGAUGUAAACCUCCCGAUAAUUUGGACGAUAUUGAAGGAAAUGUGGCUUUGAUUGAAAGAGGAGAUUGCUCCUUUAAGAAAAAAACACUAGUUGCGCAAAGGGCUGGUGCAAGGGCAGUUAUAAUUAGUGAUAUUAUAAAUUCGAACCAAGAAUAUUUUAUCGAGAUGAUUGAUGACAAUACCGUUGAAGAAGUUAAUAUUCCGGCAGGGUAUUUGUUGGGCAAAAACGGGUUGAUGAUUUUAAAGACUCUCGAAAAAUUGAAACGCAAUUACGCCAUAAUAAAUUUGCCUGUAAAUCUGACGUAUACGCCAGUGCACGAGAUGAACCAACCGCCGUGGUUGGGGUGGUAGAUUUUGCGGUCGAUUUAUGCAUUCUUGACUUUAAUUUUUGAAAUUUAAUUGAUAACUUUAAAUCAUGAUAAAAUUUGUGAGUGUAUCAUAUAAAUAUGUUAUUUUUAAUUAUAAAGUAUCUUAUCUUGAGUAUAUUUCAAGGGAAGUUCGCCAAUGAUGUCGCUAUUGUAAGUAUAUAAAUGAUCUGCUUCAAAGUUUUUUAUAUAUUAUUUUGUGUUUAAUAAUCAUGAAAUUGAAGGUCUAUUUUCUUUCUAAAAAAAAUCAGUUAUCGAUUAGUUUGUGAAAUCUUACAUCAAUUUUGAUGCAUGAUGAAUAAAAAAAAAAUGAACGGUUUGAAUUUAAAUUUGACAAAAUAAUCAGAAUGCGUUUUUUCCAAUAACUUUGAAAUUUCUUUUUCUUAUGAAUAGAGCAAUAAUUCUUAAGUACCUAUAAUAAUUUUAUUAUCAAAAAUUAUAGAAUAAAAAUUAAGAAUGCAUAUUUCGACCAAACAUACCAAAGUAGUCAUAAUGCAGAGUCAACAAAUUCUGUUUUAACUGUUAAUUGGUAAUGAUAAUUAAAUUAUUAGUGAACCAAAAACAAGAGAGGAAAAACAUCAUAAUGAAGUGAAUAUGAAGUAAAAGUUGAAACUGAA